AUGAUGAGUGUUUAUUCAAAGAAGGAAUUCGGAGCUUCAAACUCCACCGAUUAUCGCAUGUAUAUCAUGCAACAGGAUCAGCCAAUUUCUCCAUUUCACGACAUUCCUCUCGUACACGGUCCCCCUGGCAUCAUGAACAUGGUGGUGGAAAUACCGCGUUGGUCAAAUGCAAAGAUGGAAAUUUGCAAAGAGGAAAUCCUUAACCCCAUCAAACAGGAUGUGAAAAAGGGGAAACUGCGUUUCGUCAACAAUGUUUUUCCUCACAAAGGUUACAUAUGGAACUAUGGUGCUUUGCCACAGACCUGGGAAGAUCCGUCUCACGUCGAUCCCGAUACCAAAGCAAAGGGUGACAACGAUCCGAUCGACGUUUGCGAGAUUGGUAACAGAAUACUGGCUCGCGGCAGUAUUGUGCCUGUGAAAAUUUUGGGCAUUCUUGCGAUGAUUGACGAAGGUGAGACCGACUGGAAAGUCAUCGCUAUCCACACCGAGGAUCCUCUGGCCGCGAAGCUUAAUGACAUUGAUGACGUGGAAAAACAUAUGCCAGGAUUCCUACAGGCUACUCGCGACUGGUUCAGAAACUACAAAGUGCCGACUGGAAAACCCAAGAACGAGUUCGCCUUUGGUGAAAACUUCAAAAACAGAGAAUUUGCCCUCAAGAUGAUCAACCAAACUCAUGAGCAAUGGAAGAAACUUGUUACCGAAAAAACUGACUUUACUGGUCUUUACAAAGAGAACAUUUCUGUCCAGGGCAGUCCGUAUCAAAUUCCGGCUACAGAGGGCAAGAACUUGUUCAAUAAACUUCCACCCUAUGAGGAGGGCAAACCAAUUACUGACCCGACGGGCAAGUUUUCUGAUAACUUCGAGGAGGUGUGCUUCGUCGCCUAA